AUGUCGGAUGAAUCAGUGCGUUCUUGUAUUUUGGGUCUUUUACGUCUAACAAAACCGUAUAGCGCUCAGCUGAGACGCCGGUGUAACGACCUAUGGUGUUACGAGUUGCUGCGUUUAUCGGGUGCUCGACUCGUGAACAGACUUAAAUACGUGAUCUGGUGGGCCCCUUUACGUGCUCUAGUGGUGGCCUAUAACAGAGGCAUAUUAAGUGGUCAACGAGUGCUGGAUGCUGUGUAUGACGAGUUACAGCGCCGCGGUGUUUUAGAAGCCCCCCGCGUAAGAGGCCUUGUCGAUGAAAUCAGAUGCUAUCGGCAGUUUUACGAUGCGGGGAGUGACGAAGAAGAGGCUCUCGCUGAGGCGACGAGAGCUGUGGAGGAAACGGAUCUAGAGCGUCAAACAGCCCUCUACCAACCGUUGCACGAGGAGGGGGUAGGGGAAGAACCUAGAGCGAGCACCUCGGCAGCCCCGGCCGAGACGAUACCGCAGCAUUUUACCAUAUAUCGGCCGUUUUACGACGCUGUGAGUGACGAAGAAGAAGAGGCUCUCGCUGAGACGCCGAGAGCUGCGGAGGAAGCGGAUCUAGAGCAUCAAACCGCCCUCUACCAACCGCAGCAUGAGGAGAGGGCCGAGGAAGAGCCUAGAGCGAGCACCUCGGCAACCUCGGCCGAGCCGGUACCGCUGCAGCCCGAAUUUGAUGACGACGAGGCGUCGACUAUUCUCAACCCCUCCUUGAUGUUUAGCGAUCGGUCUGAUAUACUGGCUGUGUACCGGCACACCAGAGCUAACGAUGACGACGGAGCGGUAGCGGGUCCAUCGUAUCACCACCAUCGUCAGCAGGAAGAUGAUGACCUCGUACAACCCGAGAAUCAGCUGGGGGUGUAUCCGCUGGACGCUCAACAGGCGGAGGAGGAGGAGGAGGGGGAGGAGGAGGAGCGUCUAAACGAGGAGCGAUUAGAAGCUAGACGCUUCGGCCUAUGGUUUCAAGAGCUGAUGGAGUGUGAUUCAGAUAUACAAACGGGCGGGGGGAGAACGCGCAAUACACAGGGGUGCGAGGCUUUCGGGGAUGUGCAACCCCCGGGAGGGCGGAUCAUCAUUGCGCACGAUACAGCUCGUUAUUUCAAACGUUUUCGACUACGUGGUCGGGAGAUAACACUGCGUAUCCGCCAACCUCAAGCUGGCGCAAACGUGACAGCAUGGCUUGAAGGAGCAUUCCGCGAUCUUCUGACGCAUCUCACGAGUCACUGUGAGGGUGGUGACUACGCGGGGAUCUCGUUCUCCGCGAGCAGCUUAACGCACGGCCCCGUCUGGCUUUCAUUCCGUCCUGUCCGCACCUAUACAUUUGUAGAUAUCUGGCAAUUAAUAACAAGCAUAGCUCAAAGUGCAGCGUCUCUGGAUAUUGAUGAUUCUUUCCAAAUAAAAGUAUGUAUCGUUAAAGGCGUGGAGGGUAGGGGGCGAAAACGUUUGACACACGAGGGUGUUGCUAAAAAAUCAAUUUUAACGAUUCGAAAUACCGACAAUCUGUGUCUACCGCGCUCGUUAGUAACAGCACGCGCGUACGCGGAAAGGGGCGAGAUACGCUCGGGGGCUCUGCAUUCUAGAUGGCAGCGUAUACGGCAAAUUAACGGGUCGCUUCAAAAAGAGGCGGCGCUUGAGCUCACGAGAAGCGCAAAUGUUGUUAUACAGCCCGCUGGCUGUGGUAUGCGCGAAAUUGCUAUAUACCAGAAUUAUCUAGCUCGUGAGGGAUUAGCUAUCGUUGUUUUUGAGUUUUUGACUUUGGGGUGACG